UGCUUUCUACGUAAGGACGUUCGACUUCGGUGGAGCCCAGGUGAGAAAGGCCCACCUGUGUCGUGGUUGCGGGUCUUCAGGGUUCUUUGGUGCCAGAGGAUUCCUGAAAUCAUGGAUCACCCACGUAUGCUUUGAGACGUGCUUCAUUUUUUUUUUUUUUUUCUGGAAGCCCUGCGACUUCCCUAAAAAUUGAAUGAAUUAUAGAACAGAUUUACGGCCAAUGGUGGCAGAGUCUACAUAGAACUAUGCUUCGUGGUGUUCUGGGGAAAACGUUUCGACUUGUUGGCUAUACUAUUCAGUAUGGCUGUAUAGCUCAUUGUGCUUUUGAAUACGUUGGUGGUGUUGUCAUGUGUUCUGGACCAUCAAUGGAGCCUACAAUUCAAAAUUCAGAUAUUGUCUUUGCAGAAAACCUUAGUCGACAUUUUUAUGGUAUCCAAAGAGGUGACAUUGUGAUUGCAAAAAGCCCAAGUGAUCCAAAAUCAAAUAUUUGUAAAAGAGUAAUUGGUUUGGAAGGAGACAAAAUCCUCACCACUAGUCCAUCAAAUUUCUUUAAAAGCCAUAGUUAUGUGCCAAUGGGUCAUGUUUGGUUAGAAGGUGAUAAUCUACAGAAUUCUACAGACUCCAGGUACUAUGGACCUAUUCCGUAUGGACUAAUAAGAGGACGAAUCUUCUUUAAGAUUUGGCCUCUGAGUGAUUUUGGAUUUUUACGUGCCAGCCCUAAUAGCCACAGAUUUUCUGAUGAUUAGUAAGCAUUUAUUCUUUUGACUUGUCUUCUGUUCAUGUGAAUUUAUUACUCCUGUUGAAACCAUGUACUUACCAAUAAACUAUUUGCUAUUCGGUCUUA